CGCUUUUUUUCUCAUGCAUCCUACUUCUACUUCCUAGUUAACCAAGGUUUCACUUUCAUGCCCUUUUUUCUUUUUCUUUUUUCCCCUCUGCUUCAUUCACACUACCCCUUUUGUUUUAAUCAAUGCCCCUUCUUUAGAUCUCCCAUAAAAAUCAAUUCUUGCCUCGUUCAAUCAGUGAAGGAAGAGAAUAUUAAGAGCUGGGAAACUGACUGAGAAAGUUCUGAGACUGUUCAUAGCGACUGGUAAGGAUGAAGUAAUUUCCCUUGUUGAGGCACUCAAUAUCCGACAUGUUCUGACCCCUGUGCUUCCCACCAGGUGUUCUGAAAAAUUCUGAAGUAAGGUUAAACUAUUCUCGGCGCUAAGGAGGUAAAACAAGACUUUUAGUUUGUGUGAUAGUCUGUGUUCUGUACUCUGCAAGAUGUCUCAAGCAGUUAUCAACGAUAAUGAAGUGGAUAUUGUGAUUGGUGCAUUGCACGCUGACCUUACAACUUUCAUGAAUGAAUGGAGGCCAAUUUUCUCCCGCUUUCACCUGAUAAUAGUAAAAGAUCCUGACCUCAAAGAAGAACUACAAAUUCCUGAAGGAUUCAGGGCGGAUGUGUAUUCGAAGGCUGAUAUUGAGCGAGUGGUGGGUUCUUCCUCUUCUAUUCGCUUCUCUGGCUACUCUUGUAGAUAUUUUGGCUUUCUAAUUUCACGGAAAAAGUAUGUUGUCUGUAUUGAUGAUGAUUGUGUUCCUGCAAAAGAUAAUGCGGGGUAUUUGGUGGAUGCUGUGGCUCAGCAUGUUUCGAACCUUCAGACUCCUGCCACCCCUUUCUUCUUCAAUACACUAUAUGAUCCAUUCCGAAAGGGUGCAGAUUUUGUUCGUGGUUACCCAUUUAGCCUGCGAGAAGGAGUUAAUUGUGCUGUGUCAUGUGGGCUAUGGCUCAAUAUGGCCGACCUUGAUGCUCCAACACAAGCUCUGAAGGCACGGCAGAAGAAUGUGCGAUAUGUAGAUGCAGUUUUGACUGUUCCUGCAAGAGCCUUGUUGCCAAUGAGUGGAAUCAAUGUUGCCUUUAACCGUGAAGCUAUUGGUCCAGCAAUAGGCCCGGCAUUGAGGUUGACAGGGGAAGGGAAACUGAGGUGGGAAACUGUGGAAGACAUAUGGUGUGGAAUGUGUGUGAAAGUGAUCUGUGACCACCUAGGCCUUGGUGUGAAAACUGGGUUACCCUAUGUCUGGAGAACAGAAAGGGGUGAUGCAGUUCAGAGCUUGAAGAAAGAGUGGGAAGGGGUGAAAUUGAUGGAGGAUGUUGUUCCUUUCUUUCAGUCAUUGAAGUUGCCACAAUCAGCAACCACAGCAGAGGUUUGUAUGGUUGAGAUUGCCAAAGCAGUGAAGGAACAACUAGGGAAGGCUCAUCCUGUGUUUUCUCAGGCUGCUGAAACCAUGGUAGAGUGGGUCAAGCUCUGGAAGACUGUUGCAUCUGGUUGAAGCUUCUGAACUUGAGGACCCUUGUAGGAGUGAAAGUCCCUUGGUUGGGUGGCUUCUUUAUUUCUUUAUUUUGUUUAACUAAUUUAUGUAUGCCUUUUUUUUUUCCGUUUUGUUGUGAACUAAGCUUAAAUUUUACCUGACACAGAUAGACUAAAGGCUGAAUAAAAUUAUUAUAGUACUUAUUGGCUUUGUGAUAA